GCCAGCCCGAAGUGUCGCAGUGACCCCUCUGAACUCGAAGGCAGGGUUAGUACGUAGAUAAGGCAAAUUAUUAUCACUUGCUAUCACCUUAGCGACCCACUCCACAACAAUGGGUAACUGCAAUAUUAGUGCUGGAGCACCUCAUGACAUGGCAGUAGCAACACGGCAGAUGGGAGACAGUGAAGAUAGUAUCCUCCAGGGACUUCUUGUCUACUUCUCUAAGUUCAAUUAUGACAAGGCCAAGGAACAAGCUGAAAAGGAGCGUGACUUGAGUAGAUUUAGUGGAUCUACUGUUUGGCUCCUGCUCUCCUGUGUGGCUCAGUUAGCUGCUGUCGAAAAGCUCUACAUGAAUCUGUCAUUCCUUACAGCAAAGGGAUUUUUGAGGAAGGAGAGCUCUGUCCGUGCAAGCUAUGAGUCUCUUAACCUUGAGCUCAAUGACCUUGGCUACGAAAGAAGGAGAUGCAUGGGAGCUAAUGGAAAUCCUCCCACAUCAGGCAGUGGAAAUCUGGGAAGCCCUGGUUGUGAUGGCAUUUUGCGACACCUAUGCUCUCACCUGGUCUUGUUCAUCAAGGCGAGGCUGCAGAUGAUUACGUUUUAUGAAAGGCUAUUGGAAGCAUCUAUGAGUCGCAUGAUGAACUUUGAGGACCUCCUAGCAAAUGUAACAGAAAUAGGUGUUAAGAACAGCAGAAACUUUCACCAUCCAAUUCUUACUCCAAUCAAAACAAACUUCACGUAUGAGUGUGAUAUAUUAAUACAUUUACUGAGGAGUCAAUUGGAAAUGCAGCAUUGGCGGUUCUUGCCGUCAUUGAUUCACCUUCAUGAUGCUCACUCAAAGUUAAACAGCUGGCACAGUGCCAUCCAACCUAAGGAGACAAAGAAAUAUGGCUUUGGUUCAAAUUUCCUCAAGUCAUCUCCCCUUCCUGCUUUGUACCAGUGGCUGUGGCAGGCUAAAGCAGCCUUUGUUUCAAAGUUUUCCCUGUACUUUCAUGAGACUUUAGCAACACAAAGUUCUCCAGCAGAGAUGAAGGCCUUGAUCUCCAGACAGGGACAAGCCUGUGACUAUGUUUCCAAAAUUCAAAGUUUUCAGAGAAAAAGUGAUGCUGUUAGUGUGUGUUUGGUGUUUGAGGCAGCAGGAAUAGAUGAUUACCGGGGUGCUGGCUAUCAUCAUCCACAGGAGUCAGUGUCAACUCCUAAGGGUCUUGACAGCUAUCCUGCAAUCUUCUCUUACCCAAAUAAUAAGGCUCAGGACCGAUGGCCCAGCAUUGUGAUGAGAAUCAAUGACCGUGCCAAUGAGCUCACUCUUCUGGAUGGGGUUGUGUGCUUCUUUGACCAGCAGAUUGGCUCAACUUACUUCUUGUGCAGAGCUGAUCCAAAGAUAACCAUUGUAGUUGUAUUUGAUGCAAAAAAAUCAGAAAAGGAUAGCUAUAUUAAGGACUUCAUUUAUGACUUGGCACUUCAACUCCGGUGCAACAAGGUGUUUACUAAUCUGAAACCUAAGUAAUUUUUGUACUGUAUGUAUAUACAGUACACACUUAUAUAUAUAUAUAUAUAUAUAUAUAUAUAUAUAUAUAUAUAUAUAUAUAUAUAUAUAUAUAAAAUGCAUGCAUAAAUUCAUACACGCAUAUAUCCACAUAUACAGUACUUCUGGCUGAGAUACUGUAAUAGGACUGACUCAAGCAAUAAUGUCUCAGUUCAUACAUCCUUGCACACUCAAAUCCACUCACACUCCAACAUUACAUCUCAAUCAUUGCUACAUUUUCCUUGUAUUUCAUAAGGUAUUUUCCUCACACAAACUACAUUUACCAUGCUCUCCUUUUUUUUUUUUUUAUUAUUAUUUUUUUUUUUUCCUUUCUCUUUUUUUACUCUCCCAUUCUCUCCGUAUAAUAGAACCUCCUUCAAGGGCUGCUACAGUUGAGUACAUUUACCUCUCCACAGUUUAUUUUCUUACCUUUAAAGAUGCAUCAUAAAUUAAACAAGUAAAUGGAAUAUGGUGAAAAAAAAACACUGAAUGAAAUAGAACUGCUUUAUUUUUAAAAUGUUAGAGGAAUAAAAAGUACUUUGGGUUUGCCUUGUAUUUCCUCGCACCAGCAUAUUACACUUGGCAUGCCAAUCAUUUUCAAAUGUUCUACAUAUACUGUAUAUCAUUAUCUUCCUUAAGCUUUUAUAUUUCAUUCCAUGUAUGUGUAUCUCAGUGUAUUUCACUUCCACACGUCAUUGGUUUUAUGUACAGUGGUAAUCCUGAAAUCCAAACACCCUAUGUUCAAGCAAAUUUUGCCCUGAAAUCUGAAAACACAUCCAGAAUCUGAUCACCAAAUUAACAAUUCCCCACUAUUUAUUUGGCAAGCAUAUCUUUUUCCAAUUUUCAUUGAGAUCGUUAUUGGUUUACUUUAUGUUUUCACCGUGAUUUAGGACACAGCUCUAAAAUAGUGAUAAAACAUAGCCACCAGCAAUUCCAUCAUUGCUUCUAUCCUAAUUAGCCUAUGUAUAUUUGCAGUGAAAAUUACAAUGAAAAAUAUUUUUCAAGGAGUUGAGAAACAAAUCAUGUAAUUUUUUCCAUUAUUUUUAAAGGGGAAAAUUGUUUUGGAAUCUGAAUUUUUCACAGUCUGAGCAGCCUCUGGGAACAAUCAGCUUCUGAGGCACCACAAUAAAUAUAUAUAUAUAUAUAUAUAUAUAUAUAUAUAUAUAUAUAUAUAUAUAUAUAUAUAUAUAUAUAUAUAUAUAU